AAUGCUGUUAUUGGAAUGUUUUGUGAUUUUAGACAGUUGUGUUCGAGCAAACACCGUGAUUUAUUCUCUGAAAUCCUCAAAAAUAUGAGCUGAUUUCCCUGGUGGCCUUAUUUAUACAAUGUCCUCUAACAGGCCAAAACAUAAGCGCGCUCUUCCAAACGUUCCUUUGGAGAGAACCACUAGUGUCGAUCGAAUACAAGUCAAGAACAACGAUCAACCAAAAUUUACAACUUCAAAACUUGCAACCGUUGGAAAUGGCUCAUCAUCUGUACCAUCAACACCUGAAAAACAAUUUCUAAGGAAGAAAAGUGCUCCUGAGGAAGUGUUGAGGCGGGAUGUUUGGAAAAAAUCAUCGCCAAUUGCAGCUCGAAGACGGCUUUUGGAGGAAAAGUUGAGUGACUCUAACUCGAGCACUGAGCAAAAUUCCCCCCUUGGGUCUCCACGUUCCAGCCGUAAAGGAUCUAUUAAAGAAAAUAUCCCGGUAUCAAAGCAAGUUACCGAAGUUAUAAAAAACUUUCAAGGUGAACAAAAUGGUGUGAUGGAUCGUAAAAUAGCACGAGUUCUACCCAUGUCACCAGCAUUGCUAUCUGGCGAAAACACACAGUUUCAAAGCGAUCCCAAACACGAUACAUUAGGAAAGAAGGAUUGCACUUAUUUGGUUGGAAAUUCUUCUAAAUCUGUGAAUGCAGUCAGUAAAGCGCUUAAUGGUGGCUCUAUUGCACAAAAUGUCGUUGCUACGACGCCAUAUACAGCUUUCCAGGACACGGAGGAGGAAGAAAGUUGUAGUAUCGCAGUGGCUGUCCGAGUCAGACCGCUUCUCCAAAGAGAGAAAAAUGACCCAAAUGUCAAGAUCUGCCUUUCAAUGAAAAAUAAUGAGACAAGCAUAGUCUCUGAACAAGGCGUCAAAUAUGACUUUGUUUAUGACCAGUCCUUGUGGUCAGCUGACUCUACCAACCCUGAUUAUAUUGGCCAGGAAAAGCUGUACUCGCUGAUGGGGAAACCCUUGUUAAAUAGUGCAUUUAAGGGUUACAACACAUGUCUUUUUGCAUAUGGACAAACAGGCUCAGGAAAGUCUUACAGUAUCAUGGGUCAAGGGGAUGAGCUUGGUAUUCUUCCCAGAUUUUGUGAAGAACUUUUUGAACGGAUUGUUAUUUUCACCGAGCUGAAGUUUACUGUGGAAAUCAGCUAUUUUGAGAUCUACAAUGAGAAGAUCCAUGACCUCCUUGUCUCAAGUAAAACUAAGGAUGAAAAGUCACGCAAAAAGCAACUACGAGUGCGUGAGCAUCCCAUACUGGGACCGUUUGUACAGGAUUUGUCCACCUAUGUGGUGACUUCUUAUGCUGAUAUCGAGUCGUGGCUUGCACUGGGAAACAAAAACAGAGCAACAGCAUGCACUGGUAUGAAUGACAAGAGUAGUCGAUCACACUCUGUGUUCACUAUUGUCAUGUCACAAACACAGACGGAAAUAUUUGAAGACACUGAGGCCCAGAUAACAAAAACAAGCAAGAUCAACCUGAUUGACCUUGCGGGAAGCGAGAGAGCCAGUCAUGUACUCAAUGAUGAAGUGAUAACAUCAGCUGAGGUGGCCUCUCUAAGACUGAAGGAAGGAGGCAGCAUCAACAAAUCGUUGCAUACUCUUGGUAAAGUAAUCUCUUUGCUGUCGGACAAAGAACUCAACAAAAAGAAGAAACUUUACAUACCAUACAGAGACUCCAUUCUUACUUGGCUGCUAAAGGAUAGUCUAGGUGGGAACUCUAAGACUACCAUGAUUGCUAAUGUCAGUCCUGCCAACACUCACUUUGGAGAGACGCUGAGCACCUUACGAUAUGCACAGAGAGCUCGAACUAUUGUGAACAGAGCGAUCAUCAAUGAAGACCCAAAUGCAAAGAUAAUCAGAGAGCUACGGGCGGAGAUAGAAAGGCUGAACAGUCUGGGUGGACACACGGUGGAAGAGAGCAACAAGGCUCUAGAGGAGGUUGCGUCCCUGAGGAAUAAAUUACAAGAGACGCAAAGAAUGUUGAUAGAGUCCACAAGAAACUGGCAAGAAAAACUUGCACUAUCUGAAAAACGAAAACUGGAAGAAGCAGAGAAUCUAAAGAAAGCUGGCAUUUCUUUCAAGGUGGACAAUAAGUUACCGAAUCUAGUUAACUUGAAUGAAGAUCCCCAGCUGUCAGAGAUGUUGCUUUACAUCCUCAAACCAGGCUCGACGACUGUGGGGCACGAUAGUCAAGAAGACAUCCAGCUCCUUGGGGCUCUUGUAGCCGAAUCUCACUGUGUCAUCAAAAACGAAGGAGAGAUUGUCAACAUUUCCCCAAAAGGUGAUGCUGCGACUUAUGUGAAUGGAAUACUGAUCAGCGAACUGACAGUUCUACAUCACGGUGAUAGGAUUGUUAUUGGCGGCGACCAUUUCUUCAGACUUAAUCACCCCAUCGAGGUCAAAAAGCGUCGAGAGAAGAUUCGUCAUGGGGAGGUCCCAGAAGGGCUCCCCCCUGAGUCAGCAGGAGCAAAAGACUUUGAGUUCGCGAGGAAUGAGCUUGCACAGGUCCAGAAUGCCAGAAUGCAGGCAGAGCUGGAAGAGGCUCGCGAGGAAGCAAGAAUCCAAGCGCAGGAGGAAAUAAUGAAGCAGAUUCAGCUGGAGAAGGAGGCAGCACAGGAGAGAUUGCUGAAGCAGAAAGAACAAUAUGAACAAAAGACACUUCAGUUACAGAGUGCCCUGAAUGAUCUCAACGUUAAGAAAGAAGAAGCCGAGCAGUCAAGCCGGUCUGCUGCUGACGUCAUCUCAGAGCUUCAAGCGCAUAAACAGGUAUUGGAACAGGAGAUUUUGAGCAACAGGAAAAAGCUACAAAUGGAGGCUGUUGCUGCAAAGCAGGCUUUAGAAGAGACGAAACUCAACCAGAUACGGAUUAUGUCAGAACUGGAAAAGGAAAAGAAAAAGAUGCAAGAAGAUGUCGAGAAGUUGAAGGAAGCUAAGAAACAUCGCGAAAAAAUGCGAGAGGAAUUCCGAGCUUCCUUCUCAGCACUUGGACGGAAAGCCUCGAACAUGGAUGACCCAAGCAAGAAAGAAUUAUUAAGGACCACGAUGGCGCUCAGAGAAGCCAAUAAAAUCAGUCAGCAUCUAAAGAAGAAUAUUACCUUGAGUCGAGAUGAAGUCGUUGAAGAUGAGAAGACGGAGACGAAAAUUCGACUGAAUGACACUAAAAAAGGUCUGACUACCCUUUGGUCACUCGAUAAGUUUGAGUCCAGACUUGAGAUGAUGCGCGAAUAUUACCAGCAAGUAGAGACUGAGUGUCAGUCAACAGACGAAGACCCGUUCUUUGAUCCUGAAGAUAAGUGGGACAAAGACUUCAAGAUGGAGUCUCCGCAAAACAGGCGCAUCUCGACUUUGGGUGCUCUAUCACUAAGCUCCAGACGGACACCGGCGCCGGGCGCAAUGAACCAAGAUCGCGCGGAGAGUAUAUUUGCCAAGUAUCGUAACAAGAAUGACAUCACGCCUGUCACACCAGACGUAUUUACCCCGACUACACGCUCCACGGGAUUGGAAUGCUCGCCAACCCCUUCUCCAAAUCCAUUCAUGAUGCCGUCCAUUGAAGUUUCGCAAGUGAAUGACCGUUUGCAAGGGGUACCUGUGCCCUCUUUAUGUGCAGGUGUGCUGGGGCGAACUCUGGGUCUUCUAAAAGAAACCUCCGAGUCUUUUGAUGACCCCGUGUACGAGCGUGUGCUGAGCAGUGCACAAAGACUUAAAGCAGCCGUUUCCACGCUCAAGACUCACUACACUACGACGCAAACAAGACAAGAAGAAGAUGAGCGGAGAGCCCAAGAGAGUUGUGUCACGUGUGUUGUCGCCAUGGAGACAUUGAUUUCUCAAGUACAACUGUGGCCGUUUGUGGAAGAUAAGACUAGGCACGAAAGGUUCCGCAUAUUGCGCAACGAGCUUGUCGAUAUUGUCACGACAUUGGCACGUGAUCUCAAGAAAAUGCUCUCGGGUCUAGAGGAAUCGUUGGCUUCGAGCUCGAAUUCGGACGAGGUCUUUUCCGCUUGUGAAUCUGGUGUAAGGGAAGUAGUGAAACAGACCGCUAAACUUGCAGUUCUUACGAUGAACGAUCACACAGCGAAGUCGGACUCGCUUAGCUGUGAUGAGGACUUGGGUCGAGCCUUUUUGACGGGCCAGGAACAAUCGCUCCAGUCCACGAUCCGGCUCUCGAUCGACUCGCUAGACACCCUUCAGGAACAAGUAGAGGAAGAGGCUCUUAAACCGGAAGUAAACAAGGUCGAAAAGGAAAUAACCGAAGAAGUGUUAAAGCUCCUGAGGAUGACGUCGGCGUUCAUCUACCAAGGCCGUGACUUACAGACACAGUUGCAGUCAGCUUCUGCACACCUGAAACCGGAUCGCAGCACAAGCCGACUCAAGUACAUUGUACGUCUCGUCCGAGGCCUCGAUUCCGUGCUCGAGCUGAGCCGAACUCUCGCUACCACAACGCCACAUGCCUGUGAGGAUAUGGAGCUUGAUAGAAUACAACCAUACCCUGAUCAAAUAUCGACUGCUGCGAAAACAGUCACGAAAGACUGCCGAGCGCUUAUAGAGUCGGAGUACUAUAACAUGGAUAAGGAUUUGCAGUCGGAUAUCAUGGACGAGCAGGAGUAUUUCGAGAAAAAGGCGGAAGAUGUCGGGGUUGCUGUCGAUGAGCUUAAAUGUGCACUUCAGCGAUUCGCGCAUGUCAAGGAUUGUAAUACCACUAUCAGUGAUAACUCGUGGUGCUAGGAAUAAGUACAUCACCGGCGAUGCUAAUAGACAAAUAGAAAGUAUUAGAAUUUAUAAUUCGAGUAGGAACUGUGCUCGGGAAUCUGGUAAAAGGAAUGCGAUCGUUGGGCUAUAAGAGGCUGACUCUCGUACUCGUCCCCAGGGUCUUCUCGGUUAAAAAAAAACAAUGAAUAAAAUAGCGGUCAAUUCCAAGACCACACUUUCACAAGGCUGACGAAAUUAGCUCUUGUCGUCUUGCAACUAGGAAAUGGAUACAUUGCAUUUCAGAGUAAAAAAACACAAAGGUAGUAAAGCGGUUAACAGACAGAGAAAAAAAGGUUAUAGGGAGCGCAAGAAAUAUGUUAAACAAUUAAUAUAUAUUUUCUUAGGUGGAGUCUUUAUCGGUAUGUUCAAAGAAAUACUAUAAUUUGUAGAUAAGAAACAAUAUGCUACUGUAAAUAUUUAAUUUAAAAUAAUAGUGAAACAUUCUAGGUACAUGGUACCCAAACCAAAGAAGGGGUGCUUUGGAGAGGCGAUAUUUUGUGUUUUGGCCAAAUUUAAAUUUUCGGACAUUAGUUCUCGUUUUUCUUACUUUUUUGUAAAAAGCAAAAUAAAUUUAUUCAGGGGCCCCUGAUUUAUUGUAAAAAUCUUGAAAUCCUGUCAACUCGACCUUGAGUUUGAGUUACCACGAUUUCCGAUCGUUUCUGAUAUCGUAAUUUUGGUGUGCACCGAUCUCUCAUGGGGUAGCUUAGUGUGUAAAUAUCCGUAUACCUAUACGGAAAAUAAAAUAAAAGAUAAAAAAAAAUAACAUGGAAAACUUA